AUGUCUCAGUCUCAGUGCCAGUCGCAAUCGGACAACAAACGAGGAAAAAACUGGUCCGAAGAAGAAAACGAACAGCUCUGUCGUUCUUGGGUGAAGGUAACUAAAGACCCUAUCAAAGAAACCGACCAGCAGAAGGGAGAAUUCUGGAAGGCCGUAAAGGACCACGCUCAGAUUCAACUAUCGUCCUUUGCAAAUCGACCGACGGAUGGUAUACGUCAACGGUUUGCAACCAUCAGCCAUCAGGUAGCCAAAUACGUUGGCUGUUUAGCCUUCGUCAACCGCCUCAACUGUAGUGGGACUACAAAGGACGAUCAGUCUCAAGAGGCCAGAAAAAUGUUCCUGGAAGACACUGGACUGGAAACCUUUAAAAUACAGGCAUGCUAUGAUAUCCUUAAGGACGAGCCUAAAUUCAAAGAGCUGCAAGAUUCGAAGAAUUUGAUGAAGCGGAAACGGAAGGCGAAUAUCUCCGCGAUCGAAGAAGAUGCACCUGUUGCUUUACCUAGUAAUGAUGAUACCCAACCCUCAACAUCGAAUACUAUCCGUACAGCACGACCGGUUGGACAGACAAAAGCAAAAAAGCAAAGACACAACGUCGGAGGCUUCGUGGGACAAAGUAUUACAGGAAAUAAAAAGGAAGAAUGA